CUUGGCCCUAGUAGCGCCCAACCGCCGGUGGUGAAGCGGUUUUUGGUGCAGUAUUCCGCCUAACAAGUACCUACCUCCAGACAUUCAGGCAUUCUACUCAUAUAUCGUAUUUCUGCAUCUUAAUACCAGGUCAACCAAUUUUUUGGUCGUCAGUCUGCACACAUCCAAUCCUUUGUGGCUGUCAUGACAUCUGCAGGUGCGUAUCAACGGCUCAAAGUCAAAUUGCGGGUAAUUAACUACCCAGCUGCCGAUACAUUUAACGCGUCCGGUAAGAAGUGCGCUUGCACAGGUAAUGCAAUGACAGAUCGCAGACAAUUGCGAAAUCUUAUCGUGUGGUUGGAGGACCGAAUAAUACGAGCUCUUCCGGUGGAUAAACGACUUCGCGAUAUUGAUUCAGCAGACUGGCCAUCCUUCUCGCAGAACGUUAGUGCUGCUUGAUUUGUUGAUUCAGCUUGUUUCAGUACUUAACUUCUUUGAAGUGUCCGUUUGGUGAAGAGGCUGGGGUUGCUUUGUGUGACUGGCUGGCAGGUAAAGCGUUGUUACUGGAAUACAAGUCCGAUGAUGGAACGGUCCUGGAACCCUUGGAUGUACAAACGGGUGGGUCUGAGAGCGUCGCAAAUGGAUCAGGUGAUAUCUUUAGUCAUAUCAACAGUAAGCAAGCUAGAUUAUUACCCAGAUUUUUCCGACAGUUCACAGCACCGAAUUCAAGCAAAUAGUUACCAAAUUAGCACGAACUCUUCAGAUUCCAAAUCACCCAGAUCCCGUGAUGAUGUUCAAGGUAAGCUUUCCUAAUGUUAUGUUGAGUUACUUUCUCAAGGCGGUCUGUCUCCUUAUUGAACAAAAACUUUCGUCCCAAAGUAUUGAACGCGCGAUUGCUGAAUAUGGGACAGUUAAAAUCGAUCAGCUGAAAGUCCCCGAAGUAUGCCUCGGGUUCGAGAUAUCGGAUCCGGAACUUCGCGCCGCUGCCGUCGCACUACGCCUAUUAAACGUUAACGAAAUGCGCCGACUGCAAGAUUUGGCCAAUGCGGCUGUCGUACAGGUUCAAAGACUAACUGCCGAUCCGAAAACGGAUGAGAAACUUGGAAAAGUUGGAUUCUGAUUUCUACCAAUAAACCCAGUUAUCGCAAAACUUUUACGUUUUAAACUCAUCGUUUUCCGUUCUGUUCCGAUGAACAAGAGCUGUUCUUGUUUUUGACGGAACUUAAUUUUUCUCCUUGCCAAGAAGACUCCGUCGUUUACCUCAAAGUAACCUAACGCAGUUCUAGAAUCCGGCAACGGC